AUGGCACCCUUGUUCGUGACUUUCCUCUCGGCAUGUCUGGCCUUCGGGGCUGUUGUCACUGGCUGUCCCGUUCGCCCAGUUCAGGAUCAACAGUUCUCCGUGGAGCAGGUCAGGAACCCUAGUUACGUUGCCAACUGCCCCAAGGCUCUCGCCAGGGCAUAUAUCAAAUACGGAGCCUCUCUGCCUGAAGGUCUCGCUGAGGUCAUGCGCAACACCAAGUCCACUAAGGCCAAGCGAGCCAGUGGCACUGGAACUGUUGUCACCACGCCCGAGGACGGUGAAGUUGAGUGGUUGACGCCCAUCCAGAUUGGCACUCCAGGCCAAGUGCUCAACCUGGACUUGGACACGGGCUCUGGAGAUCUCUGGGUCUUCACCAAUACCACCCAAGGAGCCAGUCAACGCACCAGCUACAACCCUGAUAAGAGCAGCACUUCCAGGAAGCUCAACGGCUAUACAUUUAGCAUCCAAUAUGGGGACGGCAGUACGUCUUCUGGGGAUGUCUAUCUCGACAAGGUCUCUGCUGGCCGCUUGAGUGUCAACAACCAGGCUGUCGAGACUGCCAACAGGGUCUCUGGCAGCUUCGACUCGGAGCCAAACCUCGACGGCCUCAUGGGUCUGGGCCUCAGCUCUCUCAACACUGUCAGGCCUAGGCCGCAAAAGACGUUCUUCGACAACGCCAUCCCACAGCUUCGCUCCCCCGUCUUCACCGCAAAUCUGAGGCGUCAAAGGCCUGGAACCUACAACUUUGGUUACAUCGACAACACCACCUACACCGGAAACAUUGGAUACGUGCCUGUUGAUUCCUCUCGCGGUUGGUGGCAGUUCACCUCCAGCGGCUACGCCGUUGGCACCGACAAGAUUGGCCGCACGUCGAUCAACGGCAUUGCCGAUACCGGCACCACACUUCUCCUUCUUCCCAACACUGUCAACCGAGCGUACUAUGCCAAGGUCAGCGGGUCAAGAUUCGAUUCAAGGAUGAACGCCUACACCUUCGGAUGCAGCACCAACCUGCCCACCUUCAGCUUUGCUGUUGGCGGUGUAACAAUCACCAUUCCCGGCACAUACCUAAACUUUGGCGCCACCACGAGUGACGGUAAGACUUGUUACGGCAGUCUUCAGCCUAGCGACAACAUCGGUAUUAACAUCUUUGGUGACAUCGCCCUCAAGGCUGCCUUUGUAGUUUUUGAUGGAGGCCAGAAGCGAAUUGGAUGGGCCAGGAAGCCCCUGUAA